AUGGUCGUACAACAUCUCUUUCCAGACUCUUCCUUGAAUUCUUCCGUGCUCUCAUUGAAUAUGGAACUGAAUCAGUGCUCGGGAAAGCAUCAAGAAGAAGAAGAAGAAGAGGAUAAUCAUAUCCGAUUAGUUCCAAAAGAAGUGUCAUUGCCAGUGAAAAUUGUAGGAAUGGGUCGUUAUCUACCUCCUCAUGUGGUUCCGAGCAGUACCAUUGAUGUUUUGUGUGGAAAACCAAAAGGUUUCACUGAGAAGACAACUGGAAUUAAAGAGAGAAGAUGGGCCAACAGUGUCGAACACGUGUUAAAAGUGAGAAAACAGAAAUUUGCAAAGAAUGUCGAUAAAUUUCUUUCAAAGGAAGAAUUAAACCUUACCUCUGAACAAGCUAAAGAAUUGAAAGAAAAGGAAGUCACCAUUUCAUGGAUGGGAGCUCAGGCAGCGUUGGAAGCUUUGAAAAAUGCUGGAAUGACUACGAAUGAUAUUGAUCUCAUUGUCAAUGCAUCUGGAACACCUCAAAGAACGAUACCAGAUACUUCAUGUUUUUUACAUAAGGAACUUGGUUUGAGUGAGAGUGGAAAACCUUCAUUAUCCGUUCACUCGACAUGUUUAUCUUUUAUGAGUGCUUUUCAUAUGUGUGCAGGAUUAAUUUCAAGUGGAAUGUAUCAAACGAUUUUAAUUGUUUCUGCUGAGAUUAGUACUGUGGGAUUGAAUUUUGAGGAAAAUCCACAUGCUGGAGGAUUAAUUGGAGAUGGUGCAGCUGCUGUAGUAUUAACACGAUCUAAACCUGGAGAAAAGAGUCAACUCUCAAAAUAUUUAUUUUCUACUUAUAGCGACGGAGCUGAUUAUACAUCAAUUCGAUCUGGAGGAAGUGAAUUUCAUCCUAAUCAUGUCUAUACACCAUCCAAUUACAUGUAUUUUGAUAUGAAUGGAAAAAAGAUUUUAGAAUUUACUGCAUCAAGAAUGAUUCGAGUCAUGGAAGAUUAUCAACCUGGUCUUUCGAGUGGCAACUUGAAAGAUAUUGAUUGGGUAGUUCCUCAUCAGGCGAGUUAUGCAGCAUUUCACGUGAUGUCCGAUGUGCUAGGUUGGCCUUCUGAGAAAAUUGUAAAAACUUUGGAAAAGUUUGGCAACACAAUUUCUGCAAGUAUUCCAAUGGCUCUUUAUGAGGCCAUUCAAGAUGGAAGAAUUAAAAGAGGAGACAAUGUUUUUAUGAUUGGAACUGGAGCAGGCUUAACAACAGGCAUGAUUACAUUCACCUAUUAG